GUGAUAGUCUCAAUCACACGGCGGGCCCUUCAGUGGAUAUCAACACAUUCAUCCCGGUAGCUGCUUUCUUACCAGGGGAUCCGUUAUACAGCACACAUCACGUGGUCCGAGCCUCUAUAGAGACCGUACCAUGCUACAGUGACUUUACAACGGGUUAUAAACAUGUGCGUGUGAGUUUUCCUGGAAUUAUUCAACUCGACACAGUUCCUGACCAUAUUGGAGCAUAAAACAAAAUACCAACGUUCAAGGAGGAUCUGAGGACGUAAAACAAUUUAAUAACAUUUUUUUACGCGAAUGACUGUUUGCCGUACAUGGUAAACGUGACAAUACCUCGGCCAUAUCAGGGCGCCUGUGGACGCGAUGCUCCGCUCUGUAAACCAUUAAUGACUUGCGUGUGUCUAAAAUAUUUAUGCCCUAACUCCCCCUGUGAUGGACCGUUGAGGAGGAUUCAGGCAUGAAGGUUGACAUUAAGCCUUCCCCUCUCCGAUGGUUUCUCUUCGCUAUCAACAUCAUCUUUUUCCUCCUUGGGUUUGCCCUGGUGGCUGCAGGGUUUGCCGUGAAGGUAAAAGGAGAUCUCAUUAAUGGACCGGUAGCGGAAUUACUCAGAGAACUGAACACACAGCAAGAUGGCGCCACACUCGCCGACAUGCUGGUCACUUUGUCGAAUCUCUUCAUUGCGAUAGGUCUCGCCGGAUUAGUGGUCUCGCUGAUUGGCUGUUCUGGCGCCGGCUGUAGUUGGAGAAGUUGCCUAAUAGCAUAUGGCAUUGACGUUAUCAUUGUAAUUGUGCUUGCUGUUGUUGCUGGUGUCUUAGCCUGGUUCCUGGGAUCUGGAGAACUUGCCUAUUUGGAGAACUCUAUGAAAGCGAACAUACAACGAUCCUACAGAGGUAGUCAAGCGAGCGAUACGGCCAGCCUGGCCUGGAAUUAUUUAUUUUUCUCGCUCGGGUGUUGCGGUGCCACUAGUUACAUGGACCUUGAUGACUGGAAUAGGACGGCACUGGUCGGCCAACAUCACAACAUCACCCUACAAACGACCACUCCAUUAUUUUGUUGCAAAGGUCUCAAAAUAUUUUCUGAUACCGAACCACCCAAGGGCGACAAUAAUUGGAACUGUGCGGCAUAUCCAAAGGAGAGAAAUUCAAAUUUUCUUACGGGUUGCGCUAAACAGCUCAGUACCAAGUUAAAAGAAUACUCAGCUACACUUUUUGUUCUUGGAGGUAUCUACACACUAAUCAUGAUCUGUUGCGCCAGUUCUUCUAUACUCCUGUUCGUUAUAAUGGGUCGCCGUACCCACGAGGAAAUAGAUCCGGGUGGUUUUGCAGAAACGUAAAUCAUCCCACCGUUUCGGUAAACUCCGGCAAGCAUCGGAAAUUAAUCCGAUGAUUGCCGAUUAUUGCCGAGAAAAUAUGCAAAUAAUUACAUGUGUUGUUUCUAUUUUAUUACUUAUAUACUUAAAUCUAUUCGUGAUAUAAGUGUCAUGUUAAUUUGUAUAUGCAUUAUGUACAGCUUUAAAAUGUUAUAUACAUCUACAAAAGAAGAGGAAAUUAUAUGGAUCUCAUAAAAGAGGAGAAAAUGUAAAUAUAAGUGCAAUGGGAGUCUUUUUAUACUAGACAUGUUAUCAUUUUUUCUUUUCCGACAUAAUAACUUUCUCGGUAGUAUCACUUACUUGUAUUCUUAGUCUCUUACAGAACUCAUCAUAUUAUUAUGAUUUCAUAAAUAAUGAAUGCCAAACAUAUUGUUAUGCUGAAAAUAAUAUGAAAAAUAAUUAACAAUAUCAAUCAUUCGACAAGGUCCGAUGUCCAAGAAAAGAGCAAUGUGACACUUAGUCAAACUGAUUAAAUCAUACUCUUCUAUUACAUGCUAAAAUGUUUGUAAUAAUUCUCAUCGAGUGUUGUUGGGUGACCUUAUCAAUUAAUAUGCAGUUUGUAAAUAAUAUGUGAUACUGGAGCUUAUGAAAUAGCCAUAUUGUGAUAUUAAUGCUUUUAUUAUAUUUUCAUUUUGAUGUCAUCAAUAUUAUUGAUAUAAUCUGAACAGUUAUAGGAUGUUGCGCGGGAGGUAUGAACAAAAUUUUGUUAUUCAAAAAUACGUUUAACUCAAUCCUUGUGUAAUAAACACUUAGGCCCUUGAAAUAUGCGUUUAAAUGUUCAGUGAUUUUGAUAAAUUGCGUUUAAAUUUUGCGAUGACUAUGAUUUCGUUAGAAUUGCGAAUUCGUUAUAGAUAUUCGUAAGUAAUAUAAAGUCGGUAGCAUUUUGGUCCCAUACAUCUAAUGCUUGCAAUUUGCACUACCAUACAAAUUCGAUAAAGCGAGCUAUAUUUGAGUCGUUUUUAUGACAAUGUUGGGAGGUGACACAAGACAUAACGCGAGGUGGCAUGUUGACAAAAUGUCCGAUUCCUGAUACACAAAUCUUGCGAACAUUUUCUAUCGGAACCCCUAGAAUGUGUGAGAGUAUGCAUGCGUGUGUGUUGGAGGAUGUACAAGUGUUCUGCCUGUUAUAUGACCGAGUUUCGAAUUAGGCCCUCCUGUACAUGGAAACUCUUAACAUCUCAUCUUGUUCUUGCUUCUUCGCCUUUUUUAUAUACUGUUAAAAAAUUGCACAAUAUCCGAAGGCAAUAUACGUCACUGUGCUGUGACGUCAUAAUCAAAAGACAUUUUUUCAUCGCUAUAACUACGUCACAACAUCGAAUACAUUCGUGCAUUCUAUUAGAAAGUAGAAACUCGUACAGUGGUAAAAAUCAAAGAUGCUACGUGGUUCCUAUUCAUCAUCAUCACUCAAGAGGUAAUAGUUGUAUUAGAGUCUAUGACAGAAAGCAACAUAUUGUACGGGGUUUUUUUCAUGACAUUAAUCUUUUCAUAUUGCGUUUUUCAUGAACAUUGUGCAAUAAAUGAAUAAUAUACUAGUAUUUAUUUCCCAUAAAACAGAUAUAAAUAGGUUCACAUUAGUUACGGGACUUUUCCCGUGUGUUACUGUACCAUUCUAUAUUUUGUAGGAUACUAAGAUUUGUGCAUCAUCGAUACUCCAGGGGUUACGCUCACUUACACUCUCUGUGUCCCUGAGUAUUUUAUAGCAAAAUUGAAGGCUCAGUGUGUGCCAUCUUGUUGUUCAGACAAGAAGACUAGUUCGGUCCUUUGAUGAACAUUAAAGGAAUAUUGCGGUCGUGCAACGGUAGAAAUUGAUUGGCUUUGAAGACGGGUGUCGCUCAUCUGUAAUCUUCAAAGGACAGGUAUCAGCCUGGCGAUUGGUCAGGAUUUUUAUUUUGACCAAUCAAAUAACUAUCUCGGUGCUUCCAAUGUUGCUAUGACAUAUGCAUGGGGUGCAGAGAGUGUAACUGAGCGUAACCCUGGAGUAUCCAGGAUGAGAUGUGUGUAACAUUGCAAUACUAUUUUCAAAGUGUUCACAGUGUUUUUAUUGUGCUGUUUCAUUGUAGUUACAAUGUAAUUUAUUCCGUCUUACUCUAGAUGUGAAUCAUGUACACUUGCUCAUCAGUUUCAUUACACAGUGGAACCGAAUAAGUCCAUGUUCCUCCGCAAACAAGGGCCCGAAAAUUGAUGUUUAGAAUUGUCACAGUCGUGACUGGAAACGUUCUUCCGUUAUGCGUGGUGUUUUGCUAGAAUUGCGCUGUAUUACAGAUACGAAAGGUCUUAACGGUGGAAGACUUCCGUGUGUUUGGUGUGUUGUUACUCUAUACAUUACAUGCUAUUUUACAUAUUGUUGGAACUUCGUAAACCACGAGAAAGUGAAAGUCGAAACAAAAUAUGAAAUACGUUAUUUUCAAGAUUAAUAUCGAAACUGCUGUUUCCUAAUAUUGAUUUUGUAAGUAACCCGUUUCAUGACCGUUGCAAUAAGUAGUUCAACCCUUUCAUUAAGCAAACGCUUCCCAUAUAAUUCAGCGAGCAGCUUGUUUGCAAUCUUGCCCAGCAUUUUACUUCUUAAAAUCUCAAACAUUGUUCCGCUCAAAUGUGUGUCAAUACCGAAUUCAAAGAUUGUGUUUACAUUCAUUUGAAUCAGAGUUUUGUUUCCGAUUCUUACAAUGUUUCCCGAUAAUUGUUAUGCGGAUAUUGGCGACACAUUUGGAAAUCCGUUGUUUUAUAUGUAUGCGAUUAAAUUUGUAGCUGAACACCACUGCAGGUAUCUGCGAAUCUUUAAGAUUUUACAUGUUUCGUUGGUACGCUUGAAUUCUUUGAAACAUAUGACAUGAUAUUGACUAGAGAUGGUUCAACUCCCACUUCAUGAUGUAUUUUGUAUUGCAACAUGUCGACAAUGCACAAUAUUUUGUUUGUUUCGGAACUAUUCAUAUUAAUUACUAUAAAAUUUGAAAUUUUCGCGGUAUACAAAAUUUCGCGUUUUUGCGUUCUGUAAGCAAACCCGAAAAUAUCCACACGCUAAUAUUAAUGUAUGAAUUAUUUAGAUUAUAGAUAUCGAAUUCAGAAGUACUGCUAACGCAAAACAUUUCACAUUGUGAUCAGUUUAAAUGGUCACAACGCGAGCAUCUCCACGCGCGAAACUUUCCGCUAUUAUAGAAUUAAACUAUCAUUACUGUAAAUGCUACGCUUUGACAUUAUCUUAACAAGCCAAAUUUAAUUUGCUAAUACUUCAUAUUGUAACAUAUUGCAAUCUAAUUAAAAUCAGAUGUCUCAUUACACUCCAUAACUUUGUGUAAUGAGAGAUCUGGUUUUAAUUAGAUUGAACAUAUUGUAACAUCAGGUUCAUUUUCUUAUUGUCAAAUGUAUACAUGUAUAUUCUAAUGCAUAAAAAGAAACUCUGAACCAUGAUUGGUUGGUGAACUUGGAAAGGUGCUUGUUGGAAUCGUGUUAACUUAUUAUUUAAAUAUUACUGAUGCUUCAUAUUAACUGUUUAAUGUUGAGUAAUGUUUUCACUCACAUUAUUUUAUCCUGCAGCCCAUACAUUUGACCGAACAAAAAGGAGAUGAUAAAAAAUGUAUUGAUUUGUAAUACGCCAAUUUAAUGAAAAUGGAGCUAGAUUGCUUUAAAAUUGGCAAUUGCACACAAUAUCGGAAAGGGUAAUUACCGGUUGAUAAAAUUAAACAUAUUUAUCAAGUUGAAAGUAUAAUAUUGAGAUCCGUUCAUCGUGUUUCAACACAUCUAUACAUGUAGCAGAUUCAUUUUACAAAAUGUUCUUGAUUUGCUUGUAUUCAUAUGUUAAAUUUGAACUACUAACCACUGGCUAAAUCUCAUUAAGUUUGGAGAAGCUGAGAUCAGAGAAGAGACAAUAUCGAUGUCAUAAUUGACAUGAAAAUCACAUUCUUGAUGAAUUCGUGUCUUUAAUCAAAUUUGUGGGUUGCAGAAUAAAAAGAAUACAUUGUAAGUGUGUAAAAAUACGAGGUGAAGAUGUACUGAUGACGUCAUCAUCUUCAUAUCCUUUUGUUAUUUCUAUGGUAACCAUUGUGCUAUGAAACACUGAUUAUGUAUUCUUAAUAUGUAUUUUCUAAACUACUAACACUUUUCAUACUACUUUUUCUGAAAUAAAUAAAAAUGAUAAAAAGUAC